AGUGUAACAAGUCUAUGGCCAAUCCCAGAGCCUUCUCAUCACCAACAACUCCGCGGUCGAAUGAAGUCGAGCUGGUUGUGAUCUCUCGAUCUAGUAGCAGCAGCAUUGAAACCAAUCAGCCCAGGACGAUAGUUGGUCCCACGUCUCUCCUCGGCAGCGGUCUCUGUGUCCUGUCUGCUUUGUUCUUCUCCCUUAUGCAAGUCUGUGCUCACUUAGCGAGUGAUACGUUCUCCAGUGCCCAGCUCAUGCUCGGACGAUCUCUCAUACAACUACUGGUCUGCCUGAUAGCUUGUUACUAUGCGGGAGUUAACCCAGUCGGUCCACAUGGCAUCCGUCUGGUGUGUCUUUUCAGAGGCUUUCUCGGCGCGAUGUCCAACUUCCUUCUCUACUACGCGAUCGGAAGCAUGCCGGUAGCCGAUGCCAAUGCCCUAUUCUUCACCAACCCCCUCUUCACGAUGCUCUAUGCAGUUUGUUUGUUACGAGAACCCUCGACCAAAGUAGAGGUGUGCUCCCUCUUCCUUGGCUUCACUGGUGUGAUUUUCGUCGCCAGGCCGAGUUUCCUCUUCGGCUCAGCAGCGGUUCCGCAGGACGGUGGGAAAGAGACGGCAGUCUCGGCUAUCCUCGCCUCUCUCCUCGGUGCUUUGAUCGGCGGUUUUGUCCCCAUUGUCGUUCGCUACGUCGGAGGUGCUGUUCACUAUUACGUGAUGGUCUUCUAUUGGGGUAUUGCUGGCACUGUCAUGAGCACCAUCGUGGCCUUGUCUAUCCCGAAUUCCUUCCAGCUACCUCCAUUCACAUCCAACACCAGAGCAUAUCAACUCGGUAUUAUCGCUGGCAUCUUUGGAGUUGGCACACAGUUUGCCUUCAACAGGGCAAUGCAAAUUGAGAAGCCCCAAAACUGCGCCAUGCUCCGACAGCUGGACGUCGCCUUGUCCUUCGUGUGGCAACGGAUAGCAACCUCGUCCCCCGUGCAUCCACUCAGUGUCGGAGGUGCAGUGAUGAUUGUUAGUUCGACGUGUUUGUUACUAUUGGAGAAGAUCCUGGGUUGGAAGGAAACACGGCAGCCUCGUGAAGUGGUGAAUGUUCCGAUCACGGCCAGUAGAGAUGGAGCUGCCCCCCAGAUUAUCGGAAAAGAGUGAUUGCAUCGGACAACGUCCAUACAUGAUUAUUUUGAGAAUCACUGGGUAAUCAAUGAGUAUUUUCCAAGACGGUACUCGUCACCCUGAGAGAGCUUUUGUCGGCGUACUG